ACACGUUCUCUUCACAUCAACCACCUCCUUUCGCCUUUCUCUCAAAAGCUCAAAGCAUCCUUCACGUCUAUUCCAACCUCACAACAGUACCAUACGUGUCCUCACUUCAAGUAGCAUCACUCACAUCAUUACAAUGCCACCCAAGAGAAAGGCGUCUUCAUCCAAACGCAAACUCGAAGAAUCCGAGCCUGACACAGAUGCAGAGUACUCUGAGCGUGAAGUCGCGAAGCCUAAGGCUAAGAAGGCUAAGAAGUCAUCUCCACCUGUGAAUGACCAACCGACGAAUAAGGUCUUACCCGUGCAUAUCCACUUCCCGCCGAAGAAUGAAGCGUGUAUGAGGGUUGCUACGUGGAAUAUAUGUGGGUUGGCCGCUGCUCAGAAGAAGGGUUUCAAAUACUACGUGGAAGCUGAGGACGCGGAUGUUCUCAUCAUGACCGAAACUAAAGUGAACAACGAUCCCGUUGAUCCAUUAUUGACCUCUCGAUACCCGCACCGUUAUUGGUCAAUAGCAGACAAGAAAAGUUAUUCGGGAACAGCUAUUCUAGCGAAACAUAAACCACUUUCCGUGGAUUACACGCUUCCUGGACAUCCCGAUCCAAAGUCUGUGAAAGGUCGGAUUGUGACGUUGGAGUUUGAGAAUUUGUACAUCAUUGGCACGUAUGUUGUCAAUGCUGGAACUGGCCUCAAGACUUUGGAUGCCAAGAAUGAGUGGAAUAAACACUUCGAGGCCUACAUCCGAGAUCUCGACAAGAAGAAACCGGUAGUUUGGGGCGGCGACCUCAACGUCGCACCCACAGAACUCGAUCUCGCGAACCCAAAGACCAAUUGGAACAAAACACCAGGAUACACUGAAGCAGAAACGUCUGCGUUUGCUCGAAUCCUAUCACCGCCAAAAGAUGCCGUCAAAGAGGGUGCCAGACCAUUUGUCGACAUUUGGAGAAAGCUGCAUCCCGAUAAACGCAAUUACACCUACUUCUCGUAUCGGUUCAAUUGUCGAGAGAAGGGUCUUGGCUGGCGACUUGAUGGAUUUGUGGUGAGCGAACGCCUAGUUGAUCAUGUCAAGAUGUGUGAGAUCAGGAGCGAGAUAUACGGCGCAUCAGAUCAUUGUCCUGUGGUGAUAGAGAUUGAGGGCGAGUUAUAAUCGCUCACUUGGAGAGCGUUUUGGCAGAUUGGUGUUGAAGGUGCACUGUUUUGGGGAUUGCUUAAUUAAUGGAGUGUAUCUGACAGUUCCAUUUGGUUUGAUAGACACAUGUGAUUGUGCUUCAUACAUAGUUCCCAUUGCAUUUCAUAUUAGCAACGAUGUGGAGUACAAACUUCCGAUUCUUAGCAUCACUAUUUGGACGUGCGGCGUUGAUAGCGCGAAGUUCGCUCUGUUUGCCAUCGU